CUGCUGCCUUAUGGGAAAGUGUGAGGUGUUGUCAACAAAAUGGCCACUCAAUUCACUUGCAUAGGGUGAGGACGGUAACACCAACAGAGAACUACUGAGCUUCCGGCAGGAACAAGCUGGUGGCAUAGCGAGAGAUGGCUAAAUAAAAGAGGAUCAGAAUAGUGAGGAACCAUCUGGGUAUCAAGUUCUGCUGAGUGAACAUUUAGCUGGAACAAGUCUUGGCGCUCAAGCAUAGGGAUACAGCGGCCCGCAACAAACAGGAGGACAAGGAGGGCAGCGCUUGCGGGUGAUAUGCCGCAAGCUCAUCUUUCUCCAGAGAUAUAGCCAAGUGGGGUGGGUGACAAGACAUUUGUGCUGCCUCAGGUGGCAUUAACAUUGUGUGGGAAGCAGAGGAUUCCAGCCCUGUCUUGAAGGUCCCUGCAGGGCAGGGACGCUGCGGCAACCAUGGAAGCCAUAGCAAAAUACGACUUUAAAGCGACAGCAGAUGAUGAACUAAGCUUCAAACGAGGAGACAUACUGAAGGUCUUGAACGAAGAAUGUGACCAAAACUGGUACAAAGCUGAGCUCAAUGGAAAGGAUGGAUUUAUUCCCAAAAACUACAUAGAAAUGAAACCACAUCCGUGGUUUUUUGGCAAAAUACCACGUGCCAAAGCAGAGGAGAUGCUUGGGAAACAGAGACAUGAUGGUGCCUUUUUGAUCCGAGAGAGUGAAAGUGCUCCAGGAGACUUCUCCCUUUCAGUGAAGUUUGGCAACGAUGUACAACAUUUCAAGGUCCUGCGAGAUGGUGCAGGAAAAUACUUCUUGUGGGUGGUAAAGUUUAACUCUCUGAAUGAGCUAGUGGACUACCAUCGGUCCACAUCUGUGUCUCGGAACCAGCAGAUCUUCUUACGUGACAUCGAGCAGGUGCCACAGGUACACGGGGGAGACAGAGCCACAAGUUUACCACAGCAACCUACCUAUGUUCAGGCACUGUUUGACUUUGACCCCCAAGAAGAUGGGGAACUCGGAUUUCGACGAGGAGACUUCAUCCAGGUGGUAGACAACUCAGAUCCCAAUUGGUGGAAAGGGACAUGUCAUGGACAGACUGGCAUGUUUCCACGUAACUAUGUGACACCUGUCAACCGCAAUCUGUAACUUGAGUCUUCACCGGACCAGAGGCCAAGGAUGAGCACAGGCAGACUUAUGUAGAAGGGAUUGACUAGGAUGCCAAUAGGAGCAUACAGAUUGAUUUUGGGGUGAACGGGCACAUAGAUGACCAAAUAAAAGAGCAUGGACAGACUACUGACAGACCAGGGAGCACUAAAUAAUAGUCUACAUAUUCAUGGAAAAUGCUAAAUUCUUAGAAAGUUCAUAUGAAAUGACUGGACACGACUGUAAAAAUAAAGCGGAAUUAAAAGGGUUGGGAUUUCUUUUAAAUCGACUGGUAUAGAUGUGGCAGAUGACAUAGGGGAAAAAGAUACUAAGAUUAAGAGAUGGACACGGCUUAAAAAAUGAAUGCAACAUGUAAGCUUUCUAGGUUGUCUGUCUGUGCUGUGUGCAGUUGCUUCUAUCGAGGGGAAUGACAAUUUGGCUCUGCGUGGAACUAUUUUGGUUGGGGUGGGGGGGGGGGGGGCAAUUGGAAUGUUGCAAGUUCACUAGGAUGGGGUUUUAAAAUUCUGGCUAUUUGAUUUACAAUGCCAAAACGUAACUAAAAUUGAACAGGAAACUACUUUUAAAUUAAGAUUCCCUUUGCUGCUGCUGUUCCUCCCCAUUUACAUUCCCUUCUACAUUUUUCCUGUUUAUCAUGCAUGUGUGUUUGCAAAUGCAGUCAAUACAACACGCACCUGUAAAAUAAAAUUUAUAAAAUCCAACCAUUUUCUCUCUAUGCAAAUCGUGGGCUCUUGGUGUGUUUGCAAGGAACAUAAAAAGCAAGUCCUCAGCCUUCAGGCUAAAGGGCAUUUUUACGAUUGAAUCCUUAAUCUAUACGCCCAACCUACAGCAGGCAGUUGUAUUCCAUUUUCUUCAACCCAGUUCACGUAUGCACUCUACAAAGAUGCAAAUCGUUCCUGUGCUUUGCAGGGAAAGGUUUAUCAGAAAACAUUAUGCAUUGAGCUUUGGUAAAGGGAAGGCUGCACUACAACUGUAUAGCUUAUAUAUGUCUUAUUUGAUACUUCCUCCAUUUAUUGCUCUUCUAAUUUAAAUGAUCCAGGCUGUUAUUUGAGCCUGCAGUCAGUAAGAGAGGAGGGGAAAAGGGAAUUCAGUCCACACUGUUCAUUCUUGGGGCAGAUGUCCAUGUACUAACAAUAAAGGUAAUGCUGUAAGUGCCAAUGUACAAGGGCUGCGGUUGAUCCUCGAUGCAGCCAUAUAUGUUGUAUUAAAUAUGAACCCUCUGAGAGGGGCUGUGGACAUACUUGGGUGCCUGUGUUUAGAAAUACAAAAUAAUACUAACACAAAUCUGAUAGACAUAAUUAACCUACAGUAAUUCCAACAUACAGGUUGACGCUGUAUAGUUACCUUAAUACCUACAACCGUAAUUGCUCUUUCUGUCCCAUACUCUGUGUCCUUACUCAUCAUAGUCUGCUUCCUUGAGGCCUAAGUUAAUGGGGUUAGGAACGCACUGGGACCAUAUGAUUGUGUAUUUGGGGAUUUGUGUAUAUCCUGCAUCCUUUGCAGAUGAAUAAUGUGUUGUAUAUAUAUAUAAAAAUCAAACAGUGUUUAAAUAAUUAAAAACAGCUUCUGUAUUUAAUCCUCCAAUGCAUAAUUUGGUAGAUAGCCAUUAACUGUGAAUAAUAAUAAAAAAAAUCUUGUGUAUUCUU